UGAGCUAAUUGUAUUGUUCAGGUUUUUCCCACUCUAGUGCAUUCAUAUUGGUGAGCAGGUAACUUGGAACUCUGAUGUGAACUUCUGGUAUAAUGAGUGAAGAUCUGGCCCUAGUUAACUUAAUUGAAAUGUUCUACGAGGAGGCUUUUGCACCUGAACUAGCAAGUACAAGCAGGUGUGAUAACUUCUCAUUAAAAAUGCGCCACGACUCGGGUUUCAGCCCGCUUUCAAUUCUACUAGCAUAAACGGCAGGCGCGCUUCCGGAGGGCGCCGCCAGGGGGUGCAAAUCCAAGCGGCUUCGUCAACAACAGGGGCCCUGGAGCGCUUCCUUCCGUCCUCUCGCUCACCUCAGCUUCCGCCGGAAGUGGUUCCUGUCAGUCGUCCUCCGGCGUUUGAGCUUGUUUGUGUUGGUUCGCGGCGCCUGGCCGAGUGAAGCUCGGACGGAGGAGCUGGAGAGGGAAGCUCGAGCGUAAACCCGGGCGGCGAGAUGGACGUUCUGAAAUCGGAGAUCCUCCGGAAGCGGCAGCUGGUGGAGGACAGGAACCUGCUGGUGGAAAAUAAAAAGUAUUUCAAGCGUAGUGAACUUGCCAAAAAAGAAGAGGAAGCGUAUUUUGAAAGAUGUGGCUACAAGCCUAUAAAUGAGAAGCCAUCGGGAGAGAUACAGCCAAAAGAGGAGAACCAGAAACCAUUAACUUCUUCGAAUCCUGUGUUAGAACUUGAACUUGCAGAGGAAAAGUUACCCAUGACUCUUUCUAGGCAAGAGGUUAUCAGAAGAUUGAGAGAAAGAGGAGAACCAAUCAGACUAUUUGGAGAAACUGAUUAUGAUGCAUUUCAGCGUUUAAGAAAAAUAGAGAUCCUCACACCAGAAGUUAACAAGGGAUUGAGAAAUGAUCUGAAAGCAGCUUUGGAUAAGAUCGACCAGCAAUACCUCAAUGAGCUUGUUGGUGGCCAGGAACCUGGAGAGGAAGACACACAGAAUGACUUGAAAGUUCAUGAAGAAAACACCACAAUCGAGGAGUUAGAGGCAUUGGGAGAGUCUUUAGGAAAAGGGGAUGAUCAUAAAGACAUGGACAUCAUUACCAAAUUCCUUAAGUUUCUCCUUGGGGUUUGGGCUAAAGAACUGAAUGCCAGAGAAGAUUACGUGAAGCGCAGUGUGCAGGGUAAACUGAACAGUGCCACUCAAAAACAGACUGAGUCCUAUCUCAGACCCCUUUUCAGAAAGCUUCGGAAAAGGAAUCUUCCUGCUGAUAUUAAAGAAUCCAUAACAGAUAUUAUUAAGUUCAUGUUGCAGAGAGAAUAUGUAAAGGCUAAUGAUGCUUAUCUUCAGAUGGCCAUUGGAAAUGCCCCUUGGCCCAUAGGGGUCACUAUGGUUGGUAUCCAUGCCAGAACUGGUAGAGAAAAGAUCUUUUCUAAGCACGUUGCACAUGUUUUAAACGAUGAAACACAGCGGAAAUAUAUUCAGGGUUUGAAGAGGUUAAUGACCAUCUGCCAGAAGCACUUCCCUACAGAUCCAUCAAAAUGUGUGGAGUACAAUGCGCUGUGAAAUCUGUGUGUGGCGUAUAAGUGACGAGAAACUGAAGUGAGCAUGGGACGGACUUCUGGAAUUACCAACAGGAAUGAGGGAAGAAGAAAAAAGGAGUUUCUUGAGUUUGAGAUCUACCUAAUGCAGUCCUCUUGGUUUUAAGAAGCAGCGUUGGCUCUCAUAUCACAUCUGGCUGCAAACUGAUUUUUGUGUCAUUUACUUUAAUCAAAAAAAUAAGUUCUGAAGACUUUUCCUCGUAAUUUAAAUGUGUAGACAACUGUCACAGAAGGGGGUUUAAAAUGACUUUUCCACUCUAAACCUGAGAGUUGGCAGGUGAUUAUAAAGGAACAUUUGAGGAUGGACUUAAUUAUUUCUGUAAAAUAUGGUAAUUUUCACAUUGUCUUUUAUGUAGUAUUUAUAAAAGAUAUUUUUAUAUAUUUCAAUGAAAGUAUGGAACCAUUUAAUGAAACUUUAUAGUCCUUAAAUGUUGCUGAACUUUUGCCAUCUUGCAGUAGAAUUUGAAUGUAAAUGUUAUCACUGUAGAGUGUUGUUUUCUGGCAUUUCAAGGCUUUUGCCUCGUAAGGAGUGUAAAUCUUAAUGUUCGUCAUCACUUGGGACAGAUAGAAUUAAUAGGAAAUAGAAGUUUGAAAAAGAUGGUAUCCCAACAGGAGUUUAAAUUACAUAAACCCAGUGCAUCAAGGUUCAAGGUGGGGAAAUGGAUUGUCAAGCCAGCCAAGGAUGGGGACAUUUUGAUGCCCCUGGUUCUUCCCAGAAUAGGCCCGCCUGCCUGUGUCGCCCGCGGUGGACUGCGUGCGGCUCCCAGCUGCCAGCUGCCCGGCAGAGGAGCGGGAUUCCGGGACCCUUGUUACUGCCCGAGUCCUAGGUCACGGGUCUGAUUUUCCUCAGAUGAGGACUUCUGAAGCUCACGGUGUCCUACCCAGAUCAUGGUGACGAAUGGCUAUAUAGGCCCGGGAAGUCGAGAGGACUCCGUUCCCGGAGGAAGGUGGGUGAAGGGAACACACCUGACUUGGUGGAGUGGUGCCAUCGGACGGCAGCCAGGCUGGGGCUCCCAAGCCACAACUUCCAAGCUGGAAAUUCCAGCGCUCCGCCCCCCGAGCGCGCCACCGUGGGCGAGUUAACUUCAUGUUCUCAGCCUCAUUUUCCCUGUCUGCAGUGGUAGUUACUAAGCGUGGUAUGUACCUCGGAGCGCCGUUGUGCUAAAGUCAAAUAAAACGCUUAGCGCACUGUCUGG